AUGCCAAUUAAAUCGUUGGAACUGUACCUUUUUGAGAGAGGCCUCGUCGGCACGUACCCAAUUGAGGCUCUCAAGAAUACCACUCUGGGUAUCGAUGUAAAUCACUACGUUUCAAGACUAUUGACGAGUAAGAAGGAACAAUUUUUAGAUGCCAUUGGUGGGUUCCCAACAAGUUUGAAUCUAUAUUUAGAGAGUGAUCUUAAAAUAUUCAAAGAAUACAAAGUCACUCCAGUCUUUAUUUUUGACGGAUCUUUAACGGCAAAUCAAUUGGACGCAGCAGGUUAUUUUACUGCCACUGCAAAUGAAGUCGCUGCAUCUUCUACUACAUCCGAUUUAUCACGGAAUUCUAGUGCUUCAUCACAGGCCUCAAAGACUAACAAAGAGUUGAUGUUGUUUCAAAGGCACAAGGCAUGGACCCAAUGGAGUAAUUUAAUGACCAGCAAUCAAAAUUCCUACAUCGAUCAACCUCUACAACCACAGGAACCAUUCAGAUAUAAUACGAUCAUGGAAUCAAAAAGAUACCAGGCAAAUUUAAUUGACUAUUUUAUCGAGCAUGAUAUCACCUAUCAAGUCGCACCAUUCACAUCAUGGUCUCAAUUAUCCUAUCUCCUAUCAAAGGGUUACAUCGAUGCAAUUUAUGGUCCGACAGAUUGUUUGAUGCUGAAAAAUGUUGACAAAUUCAUUCUCGGAAUGGAAUUUCCAAAUAAAGAUUUCAGAUUUAUUGAUAGAUCAAGAGUAUUAAAAGAAUUCCAUUUGAAUCAUGAAGAAUUUAUUGAUAUCGCAAUGGCUGUAGGUAAUGAUUUACAACCUUAUACUUUACCACCUUUGCAAAUAUACCCAAAUUCAAAGGUCUUCGAGAUUGCGUUAGAAAUGGUUUUAAAUACAGGAACUAAUUUUUAUGCUUACCAAUUUUCAAAUCAACUGGACAAUGGUGCUGAUAAUUCAUCUUCAAAUUACGUAGAAAAAUAUCACAAGGGUAUCGCAUCUUUAAGAUACAUGCCUGUAAUGCAUGAUAAUGGGAGAGUCGAAGUAUAUUUGGCGGAAGCCGAUUCUAUUGAACAGUCUCUAGAAAGCCGUAAAUCAUCUCUUUCUUCAAAUUCAGUAUCGUCCAGCCGUUCUAAUAGCGAUUCACCAAUUGAAAAAAAAAUGGAAUCCUUGUCUGUGGCAUCAGAAAGUACCACAACAACCUCUGCCACUAUUGGUGACAGUGCUAAAAACAUGGCAAUUCCCAAUGACAUUCACGAUGUUAUUACUCAAAAAUUACCGGCCGAAUACUAUUUCUAUAGAUCCCUUGGUCUUGCAACAGGUAAUUUGUUCGAUGCAAUCACCACCGGUGUAUAUCCAGAAGAACCACCAUUGGAUGGUGGUUCUUCAAAUUCUUACAGGGAAUUAAUUUCAAAAUCAGUUGAAGCUUUUAAAAAUAAAGAAAUUAAUCUAUUAACCCAACCGAUCAAUAGAUAUUUCCAAAUGAAACAAAUCAAUUUAGUUAAAUGGUUUUCUCCAAAUAACAAGACAGGAUUGACCAACAGAAUUUCCCCAUCAAUCUUUGAUAGAUUGAAUCAUUUAGUAGUCAAGACAGACUUGAACGAAAAUGAAUUUUCCAUUUCUGAAUUUAUUACAAUUUUAAACAAUUCGAAAGAUAUUUCCAAAGAUUUCAUUUCAGAAGAUGCUAUCUUUUCCAAUUCACUUCCAUUAGAAAAGAAAUUGACUAAUUCCUUCGAUCUAUUAUCAACAAGUUUAUUAAGAUCAUUAGUUCAAUUGGAAUUUUUCGAAUAUAAUUUCUCGCAAAGAAUUUUGAAACCAACAAAAUGGGGUGAAGUACUACUAAAGUUUAACGAUUUAUCGAUUGACUCAAAAUUCCAUGAAAGGUUAUUGGUACUCCUAGUUUUCUUAAAGUUAGAUACUUUGAAAUUAUCCGAAGAAAUAAAACCUGUAGUUCGUUCUGCAUUAUCCGAUCAUACCCUACGAUCAUAUCCUCAGGAAUCAACAUACAUCCUAUUGUUAACCCGUUUAUUAACAUUGUACCAAGUUGAACAAAAACCAAGCAAUUAUCAUGGUCCAAUCGAUAAAAAAACCUUAAUCUUUAGAGAACAUUUAGAUUAUGUCAGAGACAAUUUAAAGAAUUUAUUUGAAGCUACUAUCAUUUCAUCACUUACUUCAAAUGAAUUUGAUAGAUUAUCUCUUGACAACAACGAUUGGAAAACUUCGAUUGUUCACAAGAUGCCAUUCAAGUUAGCGUUACCAAACACUAUUAUGGCAAUGAUGAUUCAAUUUUUCUUGCAAAAAUACUUACACAAUGGGAAUGCCAAGAAUGAUGCGCUUACCUUGGUUGCCACCGAAUUCAGCACUUACAAGACAAUCCCAGAUUUGGGCGAACAAUUUGAAAAUGCUGUUGAAUACCUAACUCAAUGUGUCAAUUUAGUCAAAGAGUUAUCUUCUCAAAGGUUAAUGAAAAAUGACGAGGCAGCAUUGAUUGCAAAGGCCGUCGAGUUCACUAAGAACGCCAUUUUAAAUGAUAAGAAAGAAAUUUAA